GCACGAUCCCUAGCCUGGUGAUUUGCAUCCCGCUGUCGGCCUUGCUUGUUGGUUGCCUCUAGCAGCUGUCUCAGUCGGAUUCUGGCUGAGAAAGAGGCAAUCCCUGACCAGUGCCCACUGGGUGACAGGCUCUUUCCCAGAAGCUGAAGGAAGAUACUCUGACUGGUCCUUCUCUCCCAGGUCAAGUGGCUUCCGUGGUAAUGGACUGUCUUUCCCUGAGCGUCCACCCUGGCAAGGCUUUCUAAACCUAGCCUGUGAAACCAGUUAGGAUACAUACACCCCCAGAAAAAUGACUGAAGAACCUGUAAAAGAGAACCUGGGAUCCCCAAAGUCGCCUGCACCUGUGAUAAUGGAGAAAAACCCUAAGAGUGAAGUUGUGAUCACCACGGUCCCCUUGGUCACUGAGGUUCAGCUGAUGGCCGCCACAGGGGGUGCCGAACUCUCCUGCUACCGCUGCAUCAUCCCCUUUGCUGUGGUGGUCUUCAUCGCCGGGAUCGUUGUCACCGCCGUGGCGUACAGCUUCAAUUCUCACGGUUCCAUCAUCUCCAUCUUCGGCCUGGUCCUUCUAUCCUUUGGACUUCUUUUAUUAGCCUCUAGCGCCUUGUGCUGGAAGGUGAGACAAAAGAAUAAGAAAGUCAAGAGACGGGAGAGUCAGACAGCUCUUGUGGUGAAUCAGAGAAGCUUGUUCGCCUAAGACAGAGACCAAAUGGGAAAUUUCACUCGAAAGCUCAGCUCCAACUGUUGAGUUGGUUCAUAUGGAACCAGCCCUGGAGGGAAUGGCUUCAGUUUUGGAAUGGACUACCAAAAUCAAAAUGGGGCAAAGAGAGGACUAAAAAUGAGGGGUCAAGACGGUUCCCUUUGUAGGGAAUAAUAUCUUUAAUGACAAACUUAAUCCUAAGGGCUAUUUCUAAGACAAAAGAACCGGCUUUCUUUUUGCCUUAAGCGUUUGGGGAGUAUGGGAUAUGUGCACAUUUGAUUCACUCUAGAGAGUACCCAAGGGAUGAUGGACAUAUAACAAAAACCCUGGUGAACCAGUUCCUUAAAAGAAAUAGCCCACACUCUGGAAAGGGGUGUUAUAAAAAUGUUCCACUGUAGGCCUACAUUGACUUGGCAUUCCCAUGUAUUGAAAAAAAUUCUGUUUUAUAUAUAUAUAUAUAUCUUUUCCAAUAAGUUGGCUCUCUGGCCUCUCUUUUAAAAAAAAAGUUCAUUUUGAAUAAAUCAUCACUAGUGGUACUUUAUCUUGAAGAAUAGACUAAUAUUUUUAUAUUUUAACAAUGGACAAUUUUAGAUGAUUGUAAUGAUACAGAAGAAACCAGAAAGGUAGAAGAUACACGAAUGGCAAGGGGGAGGGUAAAUUAAUACCGAAAUAAUCCAAUAUAGCACCUUUAAUGUUUUUAUACAAAAGUUUAAUGUGCAUUUCACUCAAAAUAAUAAAUACUUAUGGCUGCUGAAA